AUGGAUUUCCUCAAAAGUCUUCUUCCCCCGAUGAGGAUGCCCAAGCUGAAACGCUUCAAGCAGUGGAAUGGCGGCUCGAUACUGAAUCUCAGCCAGCUGACCAGUCUAGCAUCGCGCAGCCGAAACGUCGGUACGGUCGCAUCUGCCGUUGGCGGACCGCCUGGCGCCGAAGGCGCCAAAAAGCGACAAACGCGUUCGGAAAUUUCCACCGUUUCCGGUUCGGUGCAAAUAUCGCCCAUCACGGUGACGGCCGGCGGGUUGUACGCACUGAAGUGCGACCGAAGUGCCGCGAAACGCGGCAUACUGUUGAACUUGCCGCGCAAGCUCGGCGGUCAUCAGCCUACGCCGACGCCGGAAGGCGGCAUGGUUCAUGAGAAGUUUUCCCCCUGUAAGAGGAGUUACGAGACGGUUGAGCCGCCUCCGCGGCGUAAGCGGUUUAGGAAGCGUCAGCAACAGAUGGAGUUGGAACAAGCGACGACACCGGAAGUGCGUUCGACCGGUCCGAUCUAUUGCGGCGAUCGUCUGCUGGAGCGGAACCGCAGCGAGCUGUUUCGGAUUGCCGAGCGGGGAUCGUGCGAGCGGUUGGACGACGCACGGCGAUCGGAGCUUCCUCCGCCAACCGCCCGGCGGUUGGCCGGCGAAAGGAAGGCUCGAUCGGUCGACAAUAUACUGGCGGAGCUGAGAAGUUGCUGCCCGCUGGCAGCGGUAGCGUCGGCGACGUCGGAAACAACGGACGACAGCGAGGAGGCCGAACGGCAGGUGCAAUCGUUGCGGGAGGAACGACGGGUGCGAACAUUUCCGGCUAGGCUGAAGUAUAGUGAAAGUGUGGAAAGUGAGGCGGCGCCAGAGGAGACUGGUCGGCUGGCUAGGAAGAGUAAACUGAAGAAGACGAGCGAUUACUCGAUUGAUAAUAAUUCCGAUGAGAUUGAGGUGCGAUUUCGGAACACGGGCGGUAGUACGGAGAGUGAGGAGAUUAGUAGUUUGGGACCACCCCUGCCCAGUCGGGUGGUGACGCUGAGACAGGAGAGUGUAAAGAAGCCGGUUAAGGUCAAGCCGAAACUGCCGGAGAAGCCUCCACCGAUGAAGCCGGUAGAGCAGAUUGUGAGUCCGAAAGAGUUAGCGGAAAACUUCCGACCGCUUGCGGAGGUACUGCAAGAGUCGCUUAAAAGUUCCGAUCUGAAGCGGAAGUGGAUGAACGAUUUCCUGACCGAAAGUGAUGAUGAACCGGCCAAACAGACCGCGAAGCGGCAGCAAUCGACCGAGUCGUUGACGAAGAAAUUCGAACUGGUGGCUAAGUUCGAUCGGCAGCUGGAGGCUUUGGAGGCGGGACGGAAACUGGACUCGCAAGAUUCAACCGAAAGUAUUAACAUUUUUACGAAACCCAAAAAUGACUUCGAAGAAUUCGACAAGCUGUUUGAAGGCGAUCGACCGUCGCUGCAGUCAACCGGCAGCGCCAAGAAGACCGUCACUAUGAACGAUAACAUAACCUACAUUCACCGAAGACCUAACCUCAAUUUUUCCUCCUCCUCUUCGACGGAGUCGAACAGAAAGACGUCGACACCACCUCCACCUCCCCCUCCCCCUCCUCCACCACCUCCGCUUCCUGAACAACUAUAUUCGAGUCUCUCCGAGACUCGUCAACCGAAAAGUACGGUCAACAUUCAAGAUUACUAUGAGAAGAAUCUGCAGCGAGUUCGCUGCGUUUCGGCGCCAUCGCCUUCGCAGUGCGUCGACGAAGAGGAAAAGUGCUCGCCGGAGGCGGCUGGUGAGCCAAAGGAGUUACACGAAGCCAUCAACAAUAAUAUAGUGCUUCCUUUAUAUUUAAUUAACAGUACUGAUGACGUAGUUAGCCGCGAGCCGGUCAGCAAAAUCUAUAAUCAACCAACCCUUAACGACCAUAUCCCGUGUAAUAUUAAUCUCAGUAACAAUACUACCCCUACUAUUAGUAGCUUUAGAACCGGAAGCAGUUCCGCCGGAACGGCAACCAACAGUGGCGGCGGCGUCUUUAUAGUGGGCGAAACAUUUAAGCGAACCGCCGAAUCGGAGGCGGUUGUUGCCGGUGGGACGCCCCUCGCAGCGCGACCGCAAGUAAGGCGUUACGUUAAUUACAAGUUCGAUGAUUACUGUCAUAUCACUUACAACAACAACAAUAAUAGCAACAAGAGCGUAAGCAGCGACACCACGGCUGGCAGCGGAUGCCAACCGCCAGGAACGGGACCGGAACGCAAGCGUUCCGCAAGGAAGUUCAAUAUUCACGACUUCCGCGACAGCUACUACAACGAGGACGGUGUCAUCAUUAUCUAA